AUGUCACUUCCAUCUCAGGUCGAUAUUCUAGUAAUUGGAAGCGGACACGCCGGCUUUUCUGCUGCCAUAUCUGCCGCCCAAUCCUCUCCAUCAUCGCGCAUAAUCCUCAUCGACAAAUGCCCAGAGUCAUGGUCAGGCGGAAACUCGUAUUUCACAGCUGGCGCAAUGCGCACUGCGCAUACGGGGUUGAACGACCUUCUUCCUCUCGUCAACAACGUGGACCAAAAUCUGGCAAAAACCACUGAUCUCCCACCCUACAGAACCACGGACUUUGAGAAGGACAUUCAGCGGAUCUGUGCGGGACGGUCUGAUCCGCAAUUGAGUAAGAUCCUUAUUGGAGACUCGCGGGAAGCUAUUCAAUGGCUCAAAGAUGUUGUUGGCGUACGGUUUCAAUUGAGCUUCAACCGGCAAGCAUUCCUGGUCGAUGGUCGACACAAGUUCUGGGGCGGUCUUGCAUUGAAGACUGAAGACGGAGGGAAAGGCCUGAUUGAAGACCACAAAAGAGCCGCUCAACAGUACGGAGUGGACACCUUUUACCAAACCGCUGCAAAGGAAUUGCACACCAAUCCACAAACUGGAGCUAUCACUGGAGUCACAGUCAUUCAUAACGGCCAACCAAAAGAGAUCCGCGCAAAAGCGGUGAUCCUGGCAGCUGGCGGGUUUGAGUCUAACGCCCGAAUGAGAACUCAAUACCUUGGCCCUGGAUGGGACUUGGCCUACGUCCGUGGAACUCCUUUCAAUACUGGAGACUGCCUCGAGAUGGCUAUUCGGGAUGUUGCUGCCAAACAAGCAGGAAAUUGGUCCGGUUGCCAUGCUACUUGCUGGGAUGCAAAUGCAGAUCCUAAUACAGGGAACCGAGAGAUUUCCAACGAAUUUACAAAGUCCGGUUAUCCCCUGGGAGUGAUGAUAAACACCAAGGGAGAAAGGUUUGUAGAUGAAGGAAUCGAUUUCAGAAACUAUACAUAUGCUAUAUUCGGAAGAGCGAUCCUGCAGCAGCCGGAGGGCACCGCAUUCCAAGUGUGGGAUUCCAACAUGAUAUCCUGGCUAAGGAGCGAGGAAUACAGAGAUGGGAUUGUGAAAAAGAUAUAUGGCAACACAAUUGAAGAACUUGCCGAGAAAUGCACGGCAGAAGGUCUCAAAAACAAAGACCAAUUCGUCAAGACGCUGAAAGAAUACAACCAUGCCGUGUACGAGCAUCGCAAAGAAAACCCUCGCGCCAAAUGGGACCCGGCAAUCAAAGAUGGUGUUUCCACGGAAUCAUCUUCAACAAAGUUGGCUCUUCCAAAGUCAAACUGGGCACUACCGAUUGACAAGGGACCUUUCCUCGCUGUCAAGGUCACCGGCGGGAUCACAUUCACGUUUGGUGGACUGGCUGUGAAUCCGGAAACAGCGGCAGUUGUCUCGUCUGCUUCAAGUGCGGAAAUCCCAGGUUUGUACAGUGUUGGUGAGAUGCUGGGAGGGUUGUUUUACGGUAAUUAUCCAGGUGGUAGUGGAUUGACCUCCGGGGCUGUUUUCGGUAGGAGAGCAGGAAAAGCCGCGGCUGCUUCGAUAAGUCGUGGGCAGUCUAGGUUAUAG